AUGUUCCGGCUGUUAAUGUGGGCAACUGUGAUGGGAUUGCUAAUUCAGAUGCUAUCGACGCGUGUUGGUGUGGCCACCGGCAAAUACUUGGCGGAGCUGUGUAGAGACGAGUAUCUGAAUUGGGCUAGGUUAAUUCUGUGGUUCAUGGCUGAAGUGGCACUUAUUGGAAAUGAUAUUCAAGAAGUUAUUGGCAGUGCUAUUGCUAUUCAUAUCUUUACAAUUACAAUUACAAGAAAAGAUGAGAAAAUGGUAAAUGAGGCCAAAAGUUCGGGGUCUGCACUAACAUGUGCUAUCUCUCUAUCAUUACUGUCACAUUCAGUUUUUUUGUUUUACCAUAAAAAUGCGCCUACUUCUAUUACAAAUGUGCUAGAUCUAUCAAGAUCUUUCAAAGUUCUUGUAGAUGUAUAUUCGGAGAGUUUGAAAACCCAUUUAAACUAUUGUAGAUCUAAAAUUAGGAAGGUUUUCGAAUGGUGUUUUUAUGUUUACCAAAUUCUAUAUUUUUUUCCUCAUAUGUCUGUCAUUUUAAUUGUACUUUGUGCUCGUUUUUCUUCAAAAUCUUACUUACAUGUUUUUUUUUUGUACCGAUAUGGGAACAUGAAGAUGGCUGAAAAUAUUGAUAGUGACGAAGAGGUUGAAGUUAAGAAGACGAAUGUGAAAUCGACAAAUGCAAAAAUGAAAAAAAAAGAUUUAAAACUUGUGAUUGUCUAG